AGGCGGGAAAUGGCUGCUGGCCCGGCAUCGCCGUUGUUGCCGCCGCCGCCGGGGGAGGCGGGCGCGGAGCCGCCACCGCCGCUCAGCCCUGCCGCCGCCGCCGGCCGGCGGGACCCGCGGGUGCGGUGCUGCUCGCGGCGCAGCCUGAGCGAGGUGCUGGCGCUCUGCGCCCCCUUCGUGCGGGCCCUGGCUCAGGGACAGCCGGGCGGGCCCGCCGCCGAGGGAGACGCGCUCUGGAACUUCGAAACAGCGGUGCGGGAGAACGUUACCAUUAACGGGCAGCCCUGGGAGGAGGCCUCGGAGGACGCCGAGCUGCAGAGCAGUUCCAGCAUCAAAAUUCUUGAAGAUCAAUUUGAUGAACUAAUAGUAGAGACAGCAACAAAGCGUAAGCAGUGGCCUAGAAAGAUCCUGGUGCAUGCUGUCCAAGUCAUGAAAGCAGAGCAAGAGAUGUUGAAGCUCUACCAGCCUGUUGUAGCACCAGAAGAGAUAAAGUCACAGCCUUCUCAAGAUGCUUACAUCGCAGAUCUGAAGCAGGUGACAGAAAUGGCAUCCAAAGAGAUCAGUGGGGCAAUGAAGUCUCUCCCAGCGCUAAUAGAAAGAGCAGAAGGUUUUUCCCAAGCGUUAACUUGGCAACCAACCCUGGAACUCAGCAGGCUGCGGCAAGAAGUCUUUGCUGGGUACAAGGCAAAGGAGGAAAAUAAUGUCCAAAAUUUCAUAGCACCGGGAGAAGUCACACCACCAGACGCUGGUACCAGUAAAACUUGUGUUUUGCUAAAAAGAAAGCAAGCUGUAGGUUCACCAGAAAGAAGACGCUACCCACUCCGGCGGAGGAAAAUUGUUCUCAGCGCAUGAAUUUCUCGUAUUUUCAGUAUUCAGUAUUUUCAGACUGGAAACUCAGUUGUACUCUUGUUCAGUGUGCUCAGUCUUUUUUUCUUAAACCUUCAUCUCCCCUCUAAUUUUAGUGCUAUUCAUGGGAGCUCUCUAAAUUAUCUAGUCUUUGAUCCUCUUAAAUACUUCUAUUUUUACUGUGACGCUGAUGGUAUAUGAAAGCCUACGCAGAGCGGUAGCAUCUGAUAUCCAACAAGUGUAUUUGCUGAUCAACUCUUUUAUUGCAGCAUUUAGCUGGAGUCCUCGUGCUUUAUAAAGCAUGUGCACAUGCUUUAUGUAUGUGAGCAAUCUUUUAGUCAACGACUGAGUGCUCGUUUACAUUAAGCUUGCACCUUCAUUUAUUACUGAGUUGGGUGGCUAUUUUUUUUUUUUUUAAAUAAAUGAAAAAGAAAUUCACACCGGAGUAUAUUGAAGACACCAAAUUUGAUACAACAUUACAGUUUUUAGAAGACCCACACAGGCAUGUGAGGUUGGUCCCUGCUACUCCAUCCUUCCUGAAUUUAGGUCAACUGGGCUUUAUAGUCAUGUUUGUUUAAACUGGGAUUUUUAGUCGUCGUAUGUGUUUACUUGCACUGUGCUCUUCUGAACAAGGAUUUGACCAUCCACGUUUUACCAUCUGAUAUUUCGUUUCAUGUAAUGCAAUUAUGCAGUCUGGGGGUUUCCUGGACAAUAUUUCUACACAUUACAGGAUCUUGACUUGGGUCACAUACGCAUUUGUGAUGUUUGACUGUGCUUUAAAGAUCGGUAUAGGCUACCAGUAAAUGGUAUUAAGUUGAGCUAGCUUACUACUUUUUUUUUUUUUUUUCCUCCUUUACACAUGAGUACCUAGAGGAUUGCACAAAGUACUAAACUGAGCGUUGUGCCUUAACUAUUCCUGACUUUUUCUGGUUUAUGAUUGCAUGUGCUUGCAGUAAAUACUCGUGUCUAGUAUGUAACGUAUUUCUCACACAGUAAAUGGAGGGUUUUUUUUAGGAGCUUUAUUAAUGAAAUGUGCUGUGGUAAGAAGAUAGGUGCAACUUAACGUCUAAGAGACUGAAAAUUUUCAAGAAAACCUGAUAGGUUUUAGCACCAUUUAUUUUGUAAAGGUGAGCAUCUGUACUGAAACUUUAUAUAUUUAUCAUAUGUAAAUAUUUGUUUCCCAUCGCUCUUCUAUAUACAAAUGUGUGUUUUUAUACAAAGUAAAUAAAAUCAAUUAAGGAAGAUCAAA